UUAAGAAUCUCACAUUAUUGAGCUAAGCAUGUUGUUCCCCUCAGUACCAGUUGUUUUGGCGAUGUUGGUGGCAUGUUCAUUAGCAGCUCCAGGUUUUCUACAUAGCUAUAGCGAUAUAGCAGUUCCUGUCGCUACUAGCUACAGCAACAGAUAUGACGUGCAUGAACAUACGGUACCCAUUGUAAAAACUUAUGCAGCUCCAUACGUUACUAAAGUUGUCGAGCCAGCUUAUGGAUACGCUGACUUAUAUGAUGGUUAUGGAUAUGGGCAUGAUAGUUAUGGACAUGGCUGGCAGUUCUUAAUAGAACCAUCUAAGAAAAUGUACCAACAACUCGCUUUAGUAGCUUUGUGCGUUAUCUCAGUUGCUUACGGUGCACCUUCACCGGGAUACCUUGGCGGUUACCAUGCCCUUCCAGCAGCAACCUCCUAUUCUUCACGAAUUGACAUUCAUGGACCUGAAUAUGUGAAGACAUAUGCCGCUCCUGUGAUAGCUAAAACGGUAGUUGCAGCACCAAUUGUGAAAACCGUAAUUCCCACUGUUGGUUAUCAUCAUGAACCAUUGUUAGGAUAUAGUAGUUAUGGAUAUGGAUUAGGACAUGGGUUUGGCCAUGGAUACGGACAUGAUUAUGGAUUAGGCUAUGGACAUGGAAUCGGACUUGAACAUGGACACUACUAUUGAGGCGUGUAGUAAAUGAAUGUU